AUGGUCGAAGUAUCGCUCACCGUCGGGAAAGUCGACGCGUCGCUCGCCAUUCUCACGACUGCAGACCACUACGUUAUCGAAUUUCCUACCGUUUUAUUACCAGAAUCAGUGGAAGCAGGGUCUGUCGUUACCAUUACUGUUGAACAAGACUUAGAACAAGAGAUUAAACAGAAAAAGAAGUUUCAAAGUGUGCAAGAACAAAUUCUCGCCAAGUAUGGUACCGAUCCUCCAGCAGAGCCCGUUUUACAUCUCUCGAAUGCUACUCAAACAAGUUGCGUUAUCCAUUGGGACCCAAUCCAUCUGGGUUCGUCUCAAUUGAAAUCGCUAAUCUUGUACAAGCAAGGAAAUAGGCACCAAGUAAUCACUCCAGGAUCAAACCGGGAUGGAACUACUGAUAACAACAGCCUUAAGAUUUCUGGUCUCUCGGUAGACUUCGAAUACGAGUUCAAGUUACUCUUGAAUACCACUUCAGGAAAAUUCUGGUCCAAUACUUUGAAGGUGCAUACCCACAAGAUGACUGAUAUGUCCGGUAUUACUGCAUGUGUAGGACCUAACACCAAGCUGGGGGAUAACAUUUCACUUGAUCAAAUCAAAAGAUCGUUGCAAAAUAUCGGUGCCAAACCUUUACAAGAUCAUGUCACUUUAGAGACUACACAUUUCAUUGCAACAGAGUUCGAAGAUAGCGAAGGCGUUACUUCCGAUGAGGAAUUGGCUCAUGCUAGAGAUAACAAUAUACCAAUUGUCAGACCUGAAUGGAUUAGGGCCUGUGAACUGGAAAAACGAAUCGUGGGUGUCAGAGAUUUCUACCUGGAUUCAGAUCCAUCCAAUUUCUUAAAUUACAAGUUCACAGCAGCUGCACCUUCGUCAGGUGAUGCCUUGAAGGAAACUGCACCAGAGAGGGAGCCAGAACAGGCGACAUCUCCAGAUGGGACAGAAACGACUGCAAAAGAAGUAGAAGUAGUUGAACCAAUUGUUCCAGAAGAAACACAACCAGCUCCAGAAGAAAAUGCACCGGUCGUUCAAGAAGAAACAGAACUGAUCGUCCAAGAAGAAACAGAACCAGCUGUCCAAGAAGAACCAGAGUCAGUUGUCCCAGAAGAAACAGAACCAGCUGUCUCAGAGGUAACACCUCCACAAGAAGCACAAGAAGCAUCCAAAAAGGUAGAAGAAGAGCCAGAGACACUAUCUUCACAUGAAGAACCAGAAGCGGCAACACCGCCAACUGAUCAGCCACAAGUGCUGAAACAAGAAGAAGAAGAAGAAGCUCCAGCAUCCGAAGCUCCUACCGUCGGAGAAGAGAUCAAUGUCGAAGCAUCCGUAGAAGAAGUUCCUGUAGAAGUCCCGGCAGAAGAGCAACCAACAGAAAUAAUAGACAAUACAGCAAACGAGACAAUUGAAGAAACCGCACCAACUCCGCUAGAAGCCGGUGAAACAGAAGCUGAUCUCACACAACCACAAACAGAGGAAACAUCUCCAGAGGCUGUAGAUGUCACAAAAGAAUCACAAACCGGUGCAAACAAUACGAAUACAAAGAAGAAGAAUAAGAAGAAGAAGAAGGGCAAGAAAUGA